CCUAAAUAUGGGUUCUCAACAAGUGAGUGAAAUUAGUUCCACGGUUAAUUCAAAUGAGUCCAAUGAGAAUGCAUUGCCAUUGUGGAAGUAUGUCACUAAAUUAGAGAAAAAGGGAACAACAGGAGGAACUUGGCAAUUCAAAUGCACCUUUUGCAAUGAAACACGAGUAGGGAGUUACUCUAGAGUGAAGGCUCACUUGCUUCACGAAAAAAAUCAAGGGAUUGCAAUAUGUAAGAAAGUCAAUCUCAAUGAGAGGAUUAAAAUGAAAAAUGAGGAAGAUGAGUACGAGAAGAUGAAGAAAAAUUUGCAACCUAAAGAUGUUCCUUUGCCUUGUGGUUUUGUAAUUGAUGUGGAUGUUUCUUAUAAGAAACGAAAACAAGAUGUGCAGUCUAAUCCUAUAAUGAAAUGUUAUGAUGUGGAUGCUAGAACGCAACUUGACCAAGAAAUUGGGAGAAUGUACUUUACAGGAGGUUUGUCGUUUAAUCUGGCCAGAAAUCCUCAUUAUUUGCGGUCUUAUGCUUUUGCUGCAUCUCAUAAUUUGCCCGGUUAUGUUCCUCCUGGUUAUAAUAAGUUGCGUACUACUUUGCUUCAACAAGAAAAAGCUAAUGUCGAGAGGCUAUUACAACCUUUAAAGGGAACUUGGCCUGAAAAGGGACUGACAAUAUGUACUGAUGGAUAGAGUGAUCCCAAAAGAAAGCCAUUGAUUAAUUUCAUGGCAACUUCUGGAAAUGGUCCGAUGUUUCUUAAAGCCGUGAAUUGUUUUGGUGAAGUAAAAGACAAAGCUUUCAUUGCACAACUUAUGAAAGAAGUCAUUGAUGAAGUGGGGCAUCAAAAUGUGGUUCAAAUUGUAACAGACAAUGCGGGUUUUAUUGCGAUGGAUGGUUGAAUGAAGAUUCCAAUAGAGUAGCUCCUCAUCGAGAUCCUGAAAUUUCAAUAGAGAGGAGGAAGUGCUUUCGUAGGUUAUUUCCGAAUGACGAGGAGCAUACUAAAGUUAUUGAAGAAUAUGGACAAUUUUCACUGAAGAGUGGGCCUUUUGAUGAUUUAACAUCUCUUUCAAUGAGAUACACCUCGGAUCCUAGAAACUGGUGG